AUGCUCAUGCAAAUGAGCACAUUUUUCCAAUUAUGGCACAUUGUUUGGAGUUCGACCGGAAUGAUAACAAAUUCAACUUUGCUCUAUUUGGCACUUUUCCAAACACCAAGAAUCAUUCGAACCUAUGCGGUUUUGAUUAUGAAUUUUGCGAUUGCAGAUUUCAGCGCGUGUUUGAUGAAUUUGUUUGUUGAAAUUAGGUGAGUCUUAAGAAGGAAGUAGAGAUUUGAAUAGUGUUUUAUUGAAAAAAGCUUGAUUUCAGAAUGCUUCCUGGUGAUGAAUCUCUUACCUAUCUUCUCAAUGGCUUCUGUCAAUUUCUCGGCACCAAACCAUGCGCAAUUGGCGUAAGCCUUCUAAUUCACACAUUAUCCCAUCAAAUUUGGUGCCUCUUGAUUUCUUUCUGCUAUCGAUAUUACAUUCUAAAAUCUUCAAAUAUUUUAUCAAGAAGAUGUCUCGCCACAAUAAUAUUCCUUUUUUAUAUCCCAAGUUUUCUCCAAGCCAUCACCUAUUGGACCAAUUUUGUGGAUGCUAAUGAAAUCCUUCCAAUCGCACAGAAAUAUUACCCGAAUUACAAUUUCUCCGCUGAAACUGGUCUUCUCACUGGAAUUGUUAAUUUAUUCAGUCCUUCUGCAACCUAUGGAAUAAUUCAUAUUGUAGUUCCGAUAACUCCAGUUUACAUAACCUCGUUUAUUCUUAGACGAAAAAUACUGAAAAUCUUAUCAUUGAAUCAGAGAAGCAUGUCAAAAGAGACAAAAGUGAUACAUUCGCAACUUCUCAAGGCUUUGACUUUGCAAACAAUUAUGCCGGUUUUUGAAUGGACUGGAGCACUUGAUUAUGCUCUUCGUUAGUCAAAAACACUUUUUUUUGUGACAUGAAUAAUUUUUGCAGUUCAAUCCGGUGUCCUAACCUGUUCUCUUUACCAAUAUCUAUGUUUUGCACUAGUAAUUAUCACUCCAACAUUAUCCCCCCUCACAUAUUUGCUAUUUGUGCGACCUUAUCGAAACUAUUUGCGAAUCAAGAUUCUGCGACAAGAUGUUUCUGUGAACUUCAAAGCACAUGAUUCAACGAUCACCAAAGGUCGAACAUCAAAUAUUUAUACAACAAAUGCAGGAUGA